AAUAUUUAAUUAAAUAAACACUCAGAACUGAUUUUAUUCCUCAACACACACAUGCACAUCUUGCUUAAACUAUUGAUUAAUGUAAAUUGAUUUGUAAAGGACGGAUGGAAUCAUUUUAUGUGCGAAUCUUAACCGCAGUGGCAACGCGCUGUAUUCUAUACAACGCUGCUGUAUAAGUUUAUCGUAAAAAAUUAACAGUAUUUAAUAAAAUGAUAAGAAGCAGUGAUAUAUUAUUAAACGUUCGACUGUGUUAUUAUGGUGUUGCUAUAUCUCAUCUUGUGUUUGCUGUUAUCAUGAUCAUACCAAUCGACAUGUCACAGGACGAGGACCCGAGAGUCAGUAUCUACUCACGUGUAAGGUGGAAAUUAAUCACUUGUUGGUUUAAUUUGAUGAUGCUGACUUACUUCCCAAUCGCUUUCUAUUGCGAUUUGAAGGAGAAGCACGGCGAGUGGGAUACGAAACGCCUAAGACGUUUGAGAAAGUUUCGAGAUUAUUUUAUGACAAGUAUAAUAUUUCCAACUACAAUGUAUGCUGAUAUUUCUUUCUGGACGCUGUGGAUGAAGGACCCAGAAUUAAUAGCUCCCAUGGCUGUAUUCAAGUAUUUGCCAUAUUGGGCUCAGCACUCGUUGCACACCGUGUCAGGGAUCGUGGUAUUAAUGGACAUCCUUCUGCUUCCUCGGAGAAGACCAACUAACAUGAUACCUGGCCUAGCCCUGAUGCUGGCUUUCUGCUCUGUUUAUGGUUGUGUACUCGCAGUCAGUCAAUUCACUGGUGAACCAGUGUAUAGUUUGUUUGAACUUUUCGGCUGGUUAGAGGUCAUAAUGUUCGUGGCUAUCACGAUAACUGUAUAUAUGUUCUUCCAUUUCCUUCAGUGGUAUAUUGUCGAACUAAUUUGGGGCAAAACGUAUGAAGAGAAUAACAAAAACACUACAGAAAAAAAAAACUUAAUUGAUAAAGCAAAAUAA